AUCUCCUCUUUACCUAAAAAAGAUGAGGACUCUGAUUUGGUACAGAAGAACUUUAUUGGAGCUCAAAGAGGUGACAUAAUACAGUCAUUUGCACUCACUAUUAUAGCUUCUUUUAUGUAUGUUGGACCAGUACUUCUGGAAAGUUGAGCAUAAUUUAGCAAGGUUUAGUCUUUGGUUUUAUACCUAACAGGGAGAUGUCAGGGAAUAUACCAGAAUGAGAGAAUAUGAAGUAUUUUGUUAUAUUCUAUGCACAUUAGGUAAUAAAAUAUUCUUAAUAUGGAAAGAAGGCAGAGAUUCUUUAACACCUAAAGAGUUUGUGGUAAGGGGUGACAUUUCUCAUCUCUGGGACACUAUUUCAUAAAUGGAAAUCUCAUUAAUGUAGUGUGAUGAAAUUAAUAUAAAGAUGAAUUGUUUUAUACUAAAGAAUGUACAGAAUCUCUGGUGCUGUCAAAUGAAAAUCGUGUUUUUCCAAACCUAGGAAGAUGUGAGUAGCUGGGCUAGGAAAUAUGUUACUCUCUAGUUGUAGCUUAGUAACAACAGGAAGUUGAGACACAGGAACCCUCAGUUUAGAAACAUUGGGCUUCUUCCCGCUAUAAAUGAUCUAAGAAACAUCUGGCUACAUCUCCCCAGACUGAGUGCCUGGCCCAACUUCUGUCAGCUCAAGGAAACAAGGAAAGUUGUGGCCUUUGUUGUCGAAAAGUUGUUAUUUUCCAUCACAUUUCACUGAGUGCUCCAGCAGCAUCAGCUUCCAACAAAGCAGAGCUUCCAUUCAUGAAGGCUUCAUGUGAAGACCUGUGACAGCAGCUCCUCAGGCUUAGGAAUGCUGGGGCUGGGAGUAGCAGUGAGGUCCUUUUUCCCCUAGAUUCUCCGCUACCGGGUGGUUUUUUGAGUUGGGAGUCAGGUUCGCUGACCCCAGACAGAAUUAUUAAAUAGACAUGACUGUAGCAAGAAGGGCAGCGCUGGUCUGUCGAAUUAAGCUGGGUCUGAGUGUAUCACGACUCGGGAAAGGGAUGAGGUCCCUUCGUCCUCGAGUCAGUGUGAACAUUUAGGUCAAAGGAGUAGUCGAGGGGCCCAUUGGGUAGUUAUUACUAAGGCAAGGAAAGACCGGAAGUCCUGCAGGCCCUCCUCGGAGCGUCAAGAGUCCAGUAACCCCUGUAAGAAGUCUCCCCCAACCUUCCGCCAUUAUGAGUCCAGGCGGCGCCACGGAGAACGUAUACGCCCUUUCUUCCACCUCCCGGGCCUCCCCGUCUCCGCUCAUUGGGCAGGGAGAACGCCCCUCCUGCAUUUGUACGUGCACCGGGUGGAAACCGGAGCUGGAGUCCUUGGCGUUCCGGGUCGGGAAGGGCCGCGGGGGACGUGAGAAGGCCGUGCGCCUGCCGCUCCUCCCACCUCCCCGCCUCGGCCCCGAAGGGGGCUGCACGGGCGACUUGGCGGCGAUGGCUCGAGCUCCGGCGGCGACGACGGUGGCCGGAGGCGGCGGCUCCUCCUCCUCCUCCUGGGCUUGGGCCCGGCGGUGAUCCGAGCUGGCGGCCGCGGCCCCCCGAUGAGACUGUUGGCGGGCUGGCUGUGCCUGAGCCUGGCGUCCGUGUGGCUGGCGCGGAGGAUGUGGACGCUGCGGAGCCCGCUCUCCCGCUCUCUGUACGUGAACAUGACUAGCGGCCCUGGCGGGCCAGCGGCGGCCACGGGCGGCGGGAAGGACACGCACCAGUGGUAUGUGUGCAACAGAGAGAAAUUAUGCGAAUCACUUCAGUCUGUCUUUGUUCAGAGUUAUCUUGACCAAGGAACACAGAUCUUCUUAAACAACAGCAUUGAGAAAUCUGGCUGGCUAUUUAUCCAACUCUAUCAUUCUUUUGUAUCAUCUGUUUUUAGCCUGUUUAUGUCUAGAACAUCUAUUAACGGGUUGCUAGGAAGAGGCUCCAUGUUUGUGUUCUCACCAGAUCAGUUUCAGAGACUGCUUAAAAUUAAUCCGGACUGGAAAACCCAUAGACUUCUUGAUUUAGGUGCUGGAGAUGGAGAAGUCACGAAAAUCAUGAGCCCUCAUUUUGAAGAAAUUUAUGCCACUGAACUUUCUGAAACAAUGAUCUGGCAGCUCCAGAAGAAGAAAUACAGAGUGCUUGGUAUAAAUGAAUGGCAGAAUACAGGGUUCCAGUAUGAUGUCAUCAGCUGCUUAAAUCUGCUGGAUCGCUGUGAUCAGCCUCUGACAUUGUUAAAAGAUAUCAGAAGUGUCUUGGAGCCCACCCAAGGCAGGGUCAUCCUGGCCUUGGUUUUGCCCUUUCAUCCCUAUGUGGAAAACGUGCUGGAGUUGAACUCAGGCCUUGCCCAUUCUCUUGAGCUGUGUCUUUGGAGUAUGUUGCAGACUCACACAAGACUGUAUGUAAGGCAUGAAGAUGUGGCCUGGGGUCAGGGCAGAGCAGGGUCACUGUAAGCCAGUGCACGGCAGGCAGGCCUUGCAGAGUGGAGUAGCCAGGUGUUCAGUGAGCAUUGGGUCCUCUUGCGUGUGACACCAGAGGUGAGAGGUCCUCCCUCUGAAAAUACCCUCCAAUUUUAAUCUUAAAAUCCAUCUUUGAGAUAGGUCUUGCCUUUACUCUUUGGGGAACUACAUUAGAAUUCAGUCCUAAUACAUUAGAGACUUGUCUCUUGGGAACAAUGCCAGAGUACAAUCACUAACAGAAACAAAUGGUACGUGGGUCCUGCUCUCCUAAGUGGAAGUAGUACCUGCUCCUUUCUGCCAUCUGGUUCAAAAGUUCAUUUCUUUUGCCUAAGCUGGUAGUUUCAAAGUCAGGGGAUUUGCCUCUUGAGUUCAUAUUCUUAGGAGAUUCAUUUUGGAGUGUGGAGAAAAAGAUGACGCACUCACAGGCUCUAUGAGGCCGUGUGUUGGAAAGGGAAGGAGGGAGGGGGGCUGGCGAGAUGACUCAGGGCUAAGUGUGCUGUUCCUUCCCGGCACCCACACUAGACAGAGCACAUGACCUGUCAUUGCAGCUUCAGAGACUCUGAUGUCCUCAUUUGGCCUCCGUGGCUUUCUGUGGGCACUUGUACACAGACCCAGACAAAUGCACACAUGUGAAUAAAAAAUAAAAUAAAAAUUUUAAACAACAAACCAUCCAGCCAAAACACUGCUGUGUAUGCCAAUUUUAUUCCUUUUGUGUAUGUAAAUUGCAAAUGUACUUGUGUGCAUGCAUGUGCACGUGUGUGCAUGUGCAUGGAAAUAAGAUGAGGUUAUCCACUUCUUCCUCUCCAGUUUUUGGGACACAUAUCAGGAUUUGAGCCACAAGUUUCAGACUCUUCCAAAGAGACUUUGAAGUGUGUGAAGACUGUAUUUGAAGAGUGCGUACCAUUUACGUUUAUUACUGUUUAGAAGCGCCUGACUGAGGUCAUACACUGUGAUCGAGUUGGUGAGCAGUGUGCUCGUUGGUACUUACAUUCAAAGAACAAUUCCCCCUCCCCCACCACUGUU